GUGAAGACCAAGUGACGUGGCGAUAACCAGUUGGUCCAGGGCCGUAACUUUGGCCCGUAGAACAGUUGACUUGCAAACCCGCUCCCACCCUUAUAAUUGAGUUCCCUCCAUCAACUGAAAUCGCGAUGCUUUGACGAAACCUCGUUGCCCAAUUUCGCAGUCAGUCGGUUUAUAGUCGGUCUCUUCUAUUCAUCUCAGGAUGACAGAACCACCUUUCGUUCCCAGGGAGAGGCUCCUUAAGAAGCAGCAAUACUUUCAAAACAUACAAAAAUAUACUCAUUUGAAAGGACCAUAUGACAGGAUCACCUCAGUUGCCAUUCCUCUUGCAUUGGCAGCUUCAUCUUUAGCUCUCAUUGGACGAGGGAUAUACAAUAUGUCUCAUGGGAUUGGGAAAAAGGAAUGAUAGUGCUUCUGGGCUUUUGAUGAUGGCGCAAGUGUGACAGCAUUAGACGCGUUUUUGUUCAUGAAGUUUUUCUUUUCAUUUCUUUCUUGUUUCAGAUUAUAAUAAUGGCUUAAUUUCAGAUUAGACUUGAUCCGUCUUCUCAACUUCAAGGUGUUUGGAUUUCCCAUGAUAAAGAAUGAUCUGAUCUCAGGUCAUGGCAAGUUCUCAUCA